CGAAUAGGAGGGAGUGGCGCAGCUGGCGGGCGGGCUCGGCGCGCGGAGGGCGGUGGCAAAGUAGUCCGGCGGGGGGGGUCCAGCGGCCGGUUGGCGGUGGUGCGGUCAGCGCUCGGCGCAGUGCGGGGGGAGCCUCGGGCCUGUUCAGCGCGCCGGGACUGCGCGGCCGCUCCGAGCAGCCGGAGAGAUGGCGGCGGACAAGGCUGCGGAUCAAGGUACUGAGAAACAUGAAGGAGCAGGUACUUCUGGGAUUACUGAUCAGGAAAAGGAAUUGUCAAGCAGUGCAUUACAAGCUUUUCUGGCUGGAAACUAUGAUACUUGUUUACAACACCUAAAUACCCUUCAAGACAUAAACAAAGAUGACUACAAAAUAACUUUGAAUACUGCUGUGGCAGAGUUCUGUAAAAGUAACCAGACAACAACAGACAACUUGAGACAAACCCUUAACCAGCUGAAGAACCAGGUUCACUCUGUUGUUGAAGAAAUGGAUGGUUUAGAUGAUGUUGAAAAUAGUAUGCUGUACUACAAUCAGGCUGUUAUUUUGUAUCAUCUGCGCCAGUAUACUGAAGCUAUAUCAGUUGGGGAAAAGCUGUACCAGUUUAUAGAGCCUUUUGAAGAGAAGUUUGCCCAGGCUGUGUGCUUCUUGCUUGUAGACUUAUACCUGCUAACUUACCAAGCUGAGAAAGCCUUGCAUCUGCUUGCUGUUCUGGAAAAAAUGAUUUCACAGGGCAACAAUAACAGCAAGAAUGGAAAAAACGAGUCAGGUAAUAAUACAAAUAAAGAUUCCUCGAAUCAAAAAGCUGAAAGUGGAGCUUUAAUAGAAGUUGCUAAAUCUAAGAUACAUCAGUAUAAGGUGAGAGCCUAUAUCCAGAUGAAGUCACUAAAAGCAUGCAAAAGAGAGAUCAAGUCUGUUAUGAAUACAGCUGGGAAUUCAGCUCCUUCUCUCUUUCUUAAGAGCAAUUUUGAAUAUUUGAGGGGCAAUUAUCGUAAAGCGGUCAAACUUUUAAACAGUGCAAACAUUGCUGAACAUCCAGGCUUCAUGAAAACAGGUGAAUGCUUAAGGUGUAUGUUCUGGAACAAUCUUGGCUGCAUCCACUUUGCAAUGGGAAAGCACAAUUUAGGAAUUUUUUACUUUAAAAAGGCCUUGCAAGAAAACGAUAAUGCGUGUGCACAGCUAGGAACGGGCAGCUCAGAUCCAGGUAGAAAAUUUUCAGGGAGACCCAUGUGUACGCUACUGACUAACAAACGGUAUGAGUUGCUCUACAAUUGUGGAAUUCAGCUCUUGCAUAUUGGGAGGCCCUUAGCUGCCUUUGAAUGCUUGAUUGAGGCAGUCCAGGUUUACCAUUCAAACCCUCGUCUUUGGCUGAGAAUAGCAGAAUGCUGCAUUGCUGCCAAUAAAGGGACGUCAGAACAAGAGACUAAAGGUCUUCCCAGCAAAAAGGGAAUUGUGCAAUCUAUAGUAGGUCAAGGCUACCACCGUAAGAUAGUCCUAGCAUCCCAGUCAAUACAGAAUGUCGUUUAUAACGAUGGGCAGUCCUCAGCAAUACCUGUAGCCAGUAUGGAAUUUGCAGCAAUUUGUCUAAGAAAUGCCUUGCUGCUGCUGCCAGAAGACCAGCAGGAGCCAAAGCAGGAAAAUGGAUCUAAAACUAGUAGUCAGCUGGGGGGAAAUACAGAAAACAGUGAAAGCAGUGAAGCAUGCAGCAAUAAAAGUCAUGAAGGGGAUAAGUUCAUUGCAGCUCCACCUUCUUCUCCUUUGAAGAAACAAGAAUUAGAAAAUUUAAGGUGCUCAAUACUUGCGUGUAGUGCUUACGUGGCUCUGGCUUUGGGUGAUAACCUUAUGGCAUUGAAUCACGCAGAUAAACUUCUUCAGCAACCAAAGCUGUCGGGGUCUCUUAAGUUUCUUGGGCAUUUGUAUGCGGCAGAAGCUCUCAUCUCUCUAGACAGAAUAUCUGAUGCCAUCACUCACUUGAACCCCGAGAACGUCACUGAUGUUUCCCUCGGGAUCUCUUCAAAUGAGCAGGAUCAAGGGUCUGACAAAGGAGAGAAUGAGGCGAUGGAAUCUUCUGGCAAGCAGACCCCGCAGUGCUACCCCAGUUCGGUCACAUCUGCGCGAACAAUGAUGUUGUUUAACCUUGGAAGCGCUUACUGCUUGAGGAGUGAAUAUGACAAAGCUCGAAAGUGUCUUCAUCAGGCUGCUUCGCUGAUCCACCCCAAAGAGAUCCCUCCAGAGGCUAUUCUGCUGGCUGUAUAUCUUGAAUUACAGAAUGGUAACACGCAGCUGGCACUGCAGAUCAUCAAGAGAAACCAGCUUCUCCCUUCAGUGAAAACACUCUCCGACACGCGGAAGAAGCCCGUUUUCCAACCAGUCCACUCAAUCCAGCCCAUUCAGAUGCCAGCUUUCACCACCGUUCAAAGGAAGUGAGCUGGUGCUUCAACCUGCUGCUGCCUGGCCCAGGAGAGCUUGGCAUUUUGUAUAUUUUUUUAACCUAGGACACCUGCAUACCCCAAAUUGCUGGAGUGUGUUCAUUUAUGUAAAUUUUUAAUAAAACAUGUAAACAAAAGGGCAUGCUUAAAGGUGUUUACAAAGGUUAUUUCAUGAAGGAAAGGAGGCUAGUAUCUGUUUUGAACGUGAGUGGCAGUUUAUUUACACACUUGGUCAAUCACUUAUUUUUGGUAAUUCAGCUCUUUUUUGAAGAGAAUUGAGGGGAGAGAGGGACUGGGAGGAGAAUGGCUGAAAUAGCAAUUGAGCUGUUGCGUUGGCUGCUGUGUUCUGACACGAGCUGUGGGUUUGUAUUCCUCAAAGAAGAGGCUUUUGCCCAACUUCACGGUGUUGAUGUAGCUACAGUCCACUGCCCUACAGCAGCCUGUGGUCGCUGCUGUAGUUGAAGCUACUCCUUUGGGCGUGGGGACAGGGUGUGUGGGGGGUGGUCUUCGCUGCAAGGAAAGGAGCCUUUUUUUUCCUGCAGGUCAUAGACUGAUGGUGGCAGAGGUUGAUGCCCCUUCUGAUGCCCCUGUGUGCCUCCUGUGGUUACCUUAUUAAGCUUAUUUUAAGAGCAAAUAGCACAGCUCCAGCAUUAGCACUGCUCAAGUGCGCGGCGUUUAGCACUUUCAACUAAUCUUUCUGUCCUCCUUAAAACUGGCAGCAGCGCUGCUGGCCUCAAAGAGUGAGCAGGUCACCAGAUCGAAGAGGUUGUGGUGUAAGGACACGCCACGGCCCUUACCAGCCCCCAACAUUGCACUGCAGUACACUGCCAAGCAGCGGUGACUUAAUUGUCAUUAGUCUGUAUAUAAUUAGUGCAAGCCAACCUUGAGAAGAGGGAAAAAAAAAAAAAAAAACACCACAAAACCCCCAGUCUGUGGCCCUUUCCUGUUGCUGCAGGAACGAUGGCAGAGUCUUAGCACGAGGGAGCAGGGGCUGGGGCAGAGUCUUGUGGCCAAGGUGCAGCUGUUGACUUGUAAGAUGCUGCACCGGUGGGUGGGACCGAGCGGGGCCAUAAGUGGCCCCUUGUGCUGCUGGUUGCAGGCUGCAGCGCUGCGCCACCACAGGCUCGAGGGGCUCUGCCUGCGUCUGCCUCAUGGGCUCAAUGGGGAGCAAGAGCCAAAAGGCAGGUUGCCAAAAAGGGGGAAGGUGCAGGAGCUGAGCGGUCAGCAGGGACAAAGCUGCGAGAGCUGCUGAACCUGGGUCAGUGCAGCCAGGGCGGGUGGCGGUUAGGGCAGUGGCUGCAGCAGGCCGUGCGUGCUCUGACAGGACCAGCGCUGGGGAACACACUUGCUUUAGCUGGAUGGCGUUGUUCGCGUUGUUUGUGUGGGGUUUUUUUUGUGGUGUGUUUUUUGUUUUGUUUUGUUUUGUUUUGUCCUUCUCCCUGGCUUUCCUU